AUGAGCUCUGCUGCACCAGAAAGGGGUUUCUUCGACGCCCGAACCUUCAGGCUCGCAGCCCACCUCUACAAGCCGGCCCCUGGAUCGCCCAACCGCCACGGCGCCGCCAUCGUCAUCUGCCACCCUUGGACCUCCACCAAGGAACAGUCGCCGGCCAACUACGAGGGCCAGCCGGAGGGCCAGCCUCGCCACCUCGAGGACCCGCACCGCCGCGUCGAGGACGCCAAGUGCGCCGUCACGUACCUCGUCGGUCUCGGGACGCCCGUCGGCCGCGACAGGGUCGGCGCGCUGGGCAUCUGCGCGUCGGGCGGGUGUGCCCCCUUUGCCCUCCCAGACGGACCUGCGCCAUCAAGGCGUGAGAAACCGCGGCGGCAGUUUCCGUCGGCAUCUUGGCGCAUCGCGGCUUCGACAAGGUCGAUGAGGCCUGCGGGAAGCUCGUCGACUCAUCUGCACUGA